AUGGCAGACUGCAACACAGCGGAUGGGUGUGGGGAUGCGGUGAACGGCGAAGAAGGGGAGCUCGGGAAGAGCGCGGCCAAUGCGAAGCAACCGAAGAAUAACACAGCCAUGGGGAAGCCGGACAAGGGAAGCAAAAUCUCAUUUGACAUUUUUUCCUACCUACAUAAGGUGUAUGCAAAGUACGGGCUAUACGAAGAGGACAUGGAAAGAUUCCUCCUCUACGUUAAAAGAAGGAGAGCCAAAUUAAAAGGGAAGGUUCUAUAUAAAAUGAAAAAAGUGGGAAAUAAAUACAUAACGAGAUUGUACGAAACAGAUAAUGUUGAUGGAAAAUACCUUGAGUUGUUGCUACUUGAUGUGGAGGCAUGUCGAUGUAGGUACAUAAAAAUCAAGACGGAUGUGAAUAAUUUAAAAAUACCGUACAGAUCGACUUAUUGUUAUUUGAGGAGAGUGAAGAGGGCUAUGGAUAAAGUGAAAUUUAUGAGUCACUCCGUUGGAUCCGCUGUGGAUAAGAACACCGAGUUGCAGAUCAAGUGCUACAGUGCUUACGUGCAGGUGGCGUACCUCUUAGAAAGGAAGAAAUUUGAAGAGGGCGUAUCGAAAGUGGGGGAAUUCACCAAACUGGUGAAGCUGGUCAAAAGGGCCAUGCUUAAUGAGAUCGUGGAGGGGGCGCGUUCAAUCGGGGAAGGAAAAAAAGGUGAUGGAGGAGGAGAAGAACACGAAGAGGACAAAGAAGAAGACGACGCUGGAGAAGCGGAGGGAGGUGAGUCCCCCCAAGAGCGCAAACAAAGCCGCGCCAGCCAACAUACUCAAGAUGACCUCGCCGAGAACACACUCAUGAACAGCAAAGGGAACCUACUGAUAGAAGCGGAGAGACGAAUCGACGAAACGUUUGACUACUUCCUCUCCGUCAUUUACUCAUUUGAGCGCAUUUGCCUGUACAAUUUGAAGAAAAACAGAUUAAGCACCUUCGAUGAGAAAUUACCUGACGAAGAGUUACACAUAAGAGAGAGCAAAAAAAAAUCAUCCAUCAGGGAAAUUACGGACGUGAGUAAGGACAUAUCAACGUAUAGAAAACUGGAAAUAUUUAUGAGCGAAAAUACAGUGCAGAUAAAAAUUGAGCAUAGUACUUAUGAACUGAAGGGAAAUGGGGAAUCCAACCAGGGAGAUUACUCGAGUUUGCUCAAAAUAAAAAAUGCCCUGGAUAACGUGAAAAAUGUAAUCCCAAUGGAAGAAAUAGCAAAGCUGAAUGAAGAUACAAAUUUGAGAGAAGCCAUGUCGUGUGUAAACAAAGAAGAGGUUCCUCUUUUUAAAUUUUUAAAUUCAUAUCAAUCCAAUUUUAUCGUGCAUAAUUAUGGACAGGCAUUCGCAAAGUACUACGAAUGCUUGACAAUCAUUCACGAACAGUUAAUCAAAUCAACGGGGGGGAAUAAGAAGGCCUCUACCAGUGGUAGCCAACAGGGUGGGGGAAGCCAUCUCGAUGAAGACGACAGAAUGAUGGAGAAAAUUUGGAACCACAUAGAACAGUACCUCUCUUGUGAAAAGUUAUAUGCAGACACAGAACGCACUCUCCUUGUUCUGAUGAAGUUUUUAUUUUCCAUAUACUCAGCUAGCCAUUUGAAAAAUUUCCCCCUUGGAAAUAAAAAAAAUUUUGGAGACAUCAUCGAAGAGAUGCCCCUUUUACACACAGGAAUUCGAUACGCUGAUAUAUUGAAGCAGAACAUCGAUGAAUUGAACAAAUUAAAACAUAAUGACGAAAUUUUUAUUAACAUCUUACAGAUAAUUAAAAAUGUCAAAUCUUUUUGUCUUGCUUGUCACUAUGCAGUCGCUGGGAAAAAUGCAGAGGCACACGUGCUCUUCGAUUUAGUUAAAACGAGAAAUUAUGUGUACACAAAAGUGAAACAAAUUCAAAUGAUACACAAUGAAGCUUUGCUGCGAAUUACGAUUCUCUUUAACCGACUACAGGACGUUAUUUCGCUGGUCAAUGAGAAAUAUUACUUCCGCCAUUUGUCCAUCUACGCUUUGCAGGUGAAAACCAAAUGCGUGCCGUCCAAUCAGAAAUUGUUUUCUGUGGACAAUUCCUUUUUUGAACAGAAAAUGACCCAAAUGUGCAUGGACCCCCUGCGCAUUGACAUGGUGCAGUUGUAUCGCGACUCCGUUUUGCUCAACCCGAACGCACACAAGGAGGAGGAAAAGUCCUCCGGGAUUAGGGGCCUGCUUCGCUCCUUCUGGAAAUAG